AUGAUUGAGCCGACACAAAUUCCCUUGCCCGUGUCGGUCAAGUUUCCCGUGGUGAUUACGGGCUUUUUACAGUCGGAACAAACAGAAGUUGUUAAACACACGCCGCUGUUCAAGUAUAAAUACUGGGAUUAUGUUGAAGAGCCCAUUCUUGCUGGCGAAGAGGAUGACGAUGAAGAUGAGGUGGCUGACCAACAGGCUAACGAUAAUAAUAAACGUAAUACUCAUGACCCAGGUGCCGGUGCUGAUAUUGGUCCGGUAGCCACUGGUCCCAUUGCUGAUAGCGAUCUAGAGUCGAAUGGGUUUGAUUCGGCUGGUUUAAGAGGAACUAAUUCUGGUGGGGAGUCGAAAGAGAGUGCUAAAGAGAGGAGAUCUCAUAGUCCAGCGAACAGCAGUUCGGAGCAGAAAACUCGGCGGGUCAAGAAAGAGUUCUUUUCAUCGUUUGAAGCGCCUGUUAAAGGGGUUAUUGACUCGUUUCUGUUUUGUGUGGGUGAUAGAGUCGAUAGUAGCCAUCAGCCGGUGGUGUCGAUUAUUGAGCCCUGUACCCACUCUGUUCAGUAUGGUGGGUUAUGUGCUUUAUGUGGUGCCAGUCUGGAUGAACAAGAUUAUACUGAGUUCAACAAUACUGACAGGGCUCCUAUAUCCAUGUCUCAUGAUACCAGUGGGUUAAAAGUGUCGUAUAACGAGGCUGAGAGGAUCGAAAAGUCGUCGUCUCAGAGACUAUUAGACGAGAAAAAACUGAUUCUCGUUGUGGAUCUCGAUCAGACCGUCAUUCAUGCUGCUGUCGACCCCACUAUAGGAGAGUGGAUGAGAGACGAAAAGAAUCCUAAUCAUGCUUCUUUAAAAGAUGUUCGCACUUUUUGUCUAGAAGAGACAGUACCUAUGCCACCACGAGCUCGUGCUAAUUCUCCAGAUAAACCACUAGUAAAUCCACCUACAUCACUUUGUUGGUAUUAUGUUAAACUAAGGCCUGGUCUCGACUCGUUUCUCAAAUCUUUGGCUGAACUGUAUGAAAUGCAUAUAUACACCAUGGCCACCAAGUCAUAUGCCAAGGCCAUUGCCAAUAUUAUAGAUCCAGAUGGCAAGUAUUUUGGAGAUCGCAUUUUAUCCCGUGAUGAUAGUGGAAGUCUGCUGCAAAAGUCGCUUAAACGGUUGUUCCCAGUGUCGACUUCGAUGGUUGCGAUAAUCGAUGACCGUGGAGAUGUGUGGAAAUGGAGCAAUAACCUGAUCAAGGUGGUGCCAUACAACUUUUUUGUCGGCAUUGGAGAUAUCAAUUCGAGCUUCCUUCCCCAGCGUACUGGAAUUAUUGAGUCGUCUAUGAAGAAGAAGCGAAAUAGUAUUACUGCUGGUACUGCUCCUGCCGCUGCAAGUACUACUUCUUCAGCAUCAAACACAGAUUCGGUUGAUACCACCGACAAGGAUGCCAAUACAGCGACCAGCCAAGAUGUUUCUGGUGAUAUGGAUGUCGAUAAAAGCACGACCUCAAACGAUAAAGAUAGCUCUGAUUCAAAUUCCACAGAAACUCCCACAGCCGAUGGCGAGUCUAAAAUCAAAGGUUACGUCAACGGACUUGAAACCGAAGCCGACCAAGAGGUAGAAGAGUCGGUCGAACUAUCACCUGUUGAGCAGCUGGUGACUAUUGGAGGAGGCGAGGAUAAUGUCGAGCUGCUCAGUGUACAAGCUAGUGAACGGUCGGCAUCUUUAGAAGCACAGCAAAUAGAACGUCCUCUGGCCAAACUUCAAAGAGACCUGGAUAGAAAAUUGCAUCACGAAGACUCGGAGUCAACGAAAUCCAACAGUACCACGCCUAGUUCUUCUCCAGACGGCACUCCCAAUAGCAGCUCUACCAAUGAUGGUAAUACCGACUCGAACACACCUGCCACUAGUACUGACGAUAUCGAAGAUAUCCCAUCCGACCAUGUUUUAAACGAUAACGACAAUGAGCUAGAGCAUCUAGAAAACGCGCUGCGUAUGAUUCAUACCAAGUUCUAUUCAGACUAUGAAGCUAAAUCCAAUACUAAACUAAAGCAUCGCUACCCAGUGGACGACCAAGAGUCGACCCCAGACCUGUCAGAAAUCAUUCCCCAUCUCAAAAGCAAGGUAUUCGAUGGAUGUGUAUUCCUAUUCUCGGGAAUCGUUCCUUUGGGCCGCAACUUUGACACGUAUGACAUUGUCCAGUGGGUUCGCAGUUUUGGAGCUGUUGUUGUUGCAGACCUGAUAGACUCAGUUACUCACGUUAUCGCCACAUCAGGUGGUACAUUCAAGGUCCGUAUGGCUGCUGGCCACCCGAAAAUCAAAAUCGUGUACUCGGACUGGGUGUACGCCUGUAUAGCGGCCUGGAAACGAGUGCCGGAAGACGAGUACCUGAUCGAAGUACCCGACCCACUUUUCGUGUCUGAAGGUGGUGAAGAGUCCAACCCGCAAGACCACUGGAUCAAAGAGCCCGUAACGCAACCAGAAGAGGCCGUAGUAGAAAAGUUCCGCCAAUCGCUCACUGACGGCGACAUCGAUUGGGAUGAAGCCGAUAAAGAGCUCGAAGAGUUCAUGGCUUCUGACGAUGACGAUGAUGACGACGAAGACGACGAUGGCGAUGAUGAGACCAGUGACAAUGACGAAAAUAAAAACGAGAAUAUCGACCAGAACGACAAUGACGACCGCCAUGACAACGAAACCCCCAGCAAACCCGACGAAACGGUCUCGCGAAAGCACGACCGCACCGACGAUUCUGCCGACGAACCACCCUCUUUCAAAACAGCCCGUCUUGAUCCCGACGACGCCAACCGCCAAGACGACGACGACGACGACGGCGACAGCUACGACGAAGACGAGUUUGCCAAAGAGCUCGAAAACGAUCUAUUGUAA